AGCCAUUUUGGCUCAAGCCGCGUUGUCUCGGUUAGAAAACCCUGCCUUUGCACCAGGAGCUUUCCAAGCUCAUCGUGUAGGACGAAUGGGGCCGAAGAAGGAGAGGACCGAGGUGGAGGCGGUGACUCUGGGCCCAACGGUCCGCGAGGGCGAGCAGGUCUUCGGCGUUGCGCACAUCUACGCCUCAUUCAAUGAUACGUUCGUCCACGUGACAGACCUGUCGGGCCGCGAGACGAUCAUUCGCGUCACGGGGGGCAUGAAGGUGAAGGCGGACCGCGACGAGUCCUCCCCGUACGCUGCCAUGCUCGCCGCGCAGGACGUGGCCGCCCGCUGCAAGGAGCUGGGCAUCACGGCGCUCCACAUCAAGCUGCGCGCGACGGGCGGGACUAGGACGCGCACGCCCGGGCCGGGUGCGCAGAGCGCCCUGCGGGCGCUGGCGCGGUCGGGCAUGAAGAUCGGCCGCAUCGAGGACGUGACCCCCAUCCCCACCGACUGCACCCGCAAGAAGGCCGGCCGCCGCGGGCGCCGCCUGUGAGCGCCGCGCGCCGCGGGCGCGCGCGGGAGGGCGGAGACACACGGGGCGCAGGCUCGCGCGGCGCCGACGACCUGGGAGACGAGUGGCCAGGGGCAGGAGAAACCCUC